AUCGGUCUGUCUCCAAUAGAGACAAUGUCAUCACCAUCAAAGGUAGUCUUAUACUGGCACCGAACCGACCUCCGUCUUCAUGAUUCUCCAGCCCUACACGCUGCACUCGCUCUAAACCCCUCAAGCUUCAUUCCAGUCUGGACUUGGGAUCCGCACUAUGUCUAUCGCUCCCGUGUAGGCCCGAAUCGCUGGCGUUUCCUACUAGAAUGUCAAAGCGAUCUUUCGGAGUCUUACAAGAAGCUCAAUGCAAAUCAGAAGCUGUGGGUGGUACGUGAAGCGCCACAGACCGUUUUACCAAAGCUUUGGAAGGCUUGGGGGGUAACGCAUUUGGUCUUUGAGAAGGAUACAGAUUCCUACGCGAAGGAGCGCGAUGAGCAGGUAUUGCAAUUAGCAGAGAAAGCCGGAGUAGAGGUGAUUGUGAGAAUGGGAAGAAACCUGUUUGAUCCCGAUGAGCUGGUUGCGAAGAACGGAGGCAAGGCUACGAUGAGUAUGUCGCAGGUGGAGAAGGCUGCUGGGAAGAUUAAUUCUGGAAAACCCGAAAAACCGCUUGAUGCGCCCGAGAGCAUUCCUGAUCCGUUGGGUUGGGAGGAGAUGAAGCUGGAUAGCAUCACGCAGGACGAUGUCGAAGCGGAACCCGACUUGAAUGCGGAGCAUCGGACUAGCAAGGAUAAGCAGUAUACGGGAAUUAUGGGCCCGAACAACGAUUUCGGGGUACCAACGCUCGAAGAGAUUGGCAUUAAACCCUCGAUUGUGACCACACCGCACCGGGGCGGCGAAACCGAGGCACUGAGGCUCUUGUCCAAAUCUAUCAAGAAUGAGGAAUAUAUUGGUCGAUUCGAGAAACCCAAUACUUCGCCUGCAGACUUUGAGCCACAGUCCACCACUCUGUUGUCGCCGCAUCUUCAUUUCGGGUCUCUAUCCGUGCGCAAGUUCUGGUGGGACGUGCAAGACGUGCUGAACAAGCGCAAGGAUCAAAAGAAGCCGGUAUCGACGAUCCCUACUAACCUUCCUGGUCAACUGCUUUUUCGGGAUAUGUACUUUGGUGCACAAGCAGCCGUGGGUCCAGCGUUCGCCACAACGUACGGUAAUCCUGUUGUAAGGCUGGUCGACUGGCAUUUGCAGUCCAGGAACCUGGACGGGGCUGCAGAUGCCGAUCUCGAUGAUAUUAGAAGGUACACCGUCGAUUCAGCCGACGCAGAAGAAUGGUUCACUCGCUGGAAAGAAGGACGCACGGGAUUUCCCUGGAUCGACGCCUUGAUGCGACAGCUGAGGCAGGAAGGGUGGAUCCAUCAUCUCGGCAGGCAUAGUGUCGCCUGUUUCUUGACGCGUGGAGGCUGCUACGUAAGCUGGGAACGGGGUGCAGAAGUAUUCGAAGAACUUUUGAUUGAUCAUGAGACAGCUUGCAACGUGGGAAACUGGAUGUGGCUAUCCUGUACAGCCUUCUUUGCACAGUUUUACCGCUGUUACUCACCGAUUGCCUUUGGGAAGAAGUGGGAUCCGGAGGGGCACUUUGUUCGGCGGUAUUGUCCUGAGCUGAGCAAGUUUGAUAAGAAGUACAUCUAUGAGCCUUGGAAAGCGCCUAUUGCAGAUCAGAAGAAGUGGGGAUGUCGGGUUACGGGGGAUGGAAGUGAUUCCUCGGAUGGACAGACUUAUCCAAAACCGAUGUUUGAUUUUGAUCAACGGAGGCAGAUAUGUCUGGAUAGUAUGAAGAAUGCGUAUGAUGUUGGAUUGCAUGGAGAGGAUAACAAAGUCAUGAAUGGCUCCUGGAGAAAGGAAUUUGACAAAGAUGAGAAGCCCAAGAAACGCCAGAAGACAGAAAAAUGA